CAUGCAACCGGAAAUGAAAUAUCGCGGGAAAUUCAGUCACUGAGAAAACAGCAGACAUGCCUCGCACAAGAAAACGAAGAGCCAAAGCCACAGCAAAUAUUUCACCACCUGAAACUGCGGAGAAUUGUUUGCUAAAAGAUUACGACGACAAUGUUACAAAAACUUUGGCUACAGCUGAACACUUCGUUGUAAAUAAUCCUCCCUCACUGAUGGGGAUGCUGUACGGAGACUUGCCGCCAUCAGUUGUUUGGAAAGUUUUGUAUCUUGUCAAUCGUCAGAUCAGUUCUGAGGAAGAAUGCACCCUUCUGUGCUUGCUGACAGAUUACUUGGCUGGAGAAUGUGUUGACCUUGGACUCCUAAACCCUGGCCACAAGUACAACACACAGACACAUGUCUUACUAGAAGAGGUAGCCAAUGCCUGGAAUAAUCUUCUACAACAACCUCGUGUAUUCAAAGGUUUGUAA